AUGGAGUCCUCCUCACCUCCUCUGACGCCUAUACGCCAGUACAUGACACCUCUCGACACCUCUCCGACGAGCUCAUACAGAGAGAGUCUGCGUCGAAGAACAAGCAGCUUCUCCUCGAACCACGACAGAAGUCCAAUCACUCCACGAAAACACCGUUUCUCGAAUGCUUCACAACUCUCUCACGAUCUACCUACACCAGGCGAAGAAGGCGGAGGAGGCUUGGGCAAUCUAGCAGACGAACUAGAUCAGCUAGACGAAGAUGAUUACGAGGAGGAUCUACCUGAUUCGACAAGGAGUAGCAUACCAGAGAUUGAGGGAAGGGAGCCAAGAGAUUCUGGCAUUGACGUUACAUACAGCCCUAGACCUAGCUCACAGCAGCGCGCAGCCAACUUCUCGAAACCUUUCGGCAUGGCCAAGAAACCACCGGAUGAGGAGCGAGAGGAGAAGCUGUCGCCGGAUUUGGAGGAUGCGAUGAGCAGUAUUGCGAGGAUGACAUCGUAUACUUCUUCCUCUGAGGACCCAUUAGUGCGGAGAACAGUCGCGCUACUGCAGGAUCUGGGAAAUCAGAGCAAUCUCGAGGCAGGGGUGCAGAGGUUGACCACUUCGACAAAUAGCAUGACGUCGCAUCUGACGGCGCAAGGCAAGACUUUGCAGUCAUUAUCGACGAGCCUGUACUCGCCCUUUGUGGCUUUCGCAGCUAUACUGGAUUCGCAGACCGUAGAGGAGACCACUCCUCUGAUCGAAGAACUCCUUAACUCGCUACCACUACCGGAUCCACUACCUCUACAAGGUCUACAGAAACUGGAUCGCGAGACCGCAAACGUUAUACAAACGCUGUCACAACUCACCGACACGCUGCAAAUGGGCAAGCAGAUUACGAACACCGCUGCUCGACACCUGCGAACGACACAGACGAUGGUCGUUGAUCUCAGGCUAGAGCGGGAGAGGGCUGAUUUGGCGAGACAUGAACUUGCUAAGGGUAAUGUUGGUGAUCGUCUGAAGGCACGGCAUUGUGCGGGUGAGUGUAAGGAGAUUGUAGCGGGCUUCGAGCAGGUCUGUGAUGCUUUGAGGACAAGCCUGGAGCAUGAUAUUGUUGGGGCUGCAUAA